AUGUCGGACCGGCAAGAUCAAAGGGAAUAUUCCCCCUCCCCCUCCCUCUUGACUGGACAAGAACAUCAGAACCUCCAAAAAAGAAUCACUGCAAUUCAUACGGCCAAAUCUAAGAAGCUAGAAGCAUGCAGGUACUCUUUACCACUGAGGGUGGAGUAUUCUGUAGAAGAGCUGCGAAAGAUCCUUCGACUCACUGGAUGGCCGAAGAUUCUUCUCGGUGGACUGAACGAUUCGCACUCUGGAGGACCUGGCAGGCCAUCUACUGAAGUUCAGCUCAUUCCCUCGUGAGCGUUGAGCCGUCCUCGAUCUUACAGGAUGGUCGAAAGGUUCGAAUCCAGCUCUUUGGUGUUCGGCUCAUCUCGGAAAGAGUCCACAGUCAUCGGCGUUCUUCAAGUCCUCAACUUCCUCCGGACCCUUCGCUCCGGAAUUUUUCUCCUUUUCCCGGAUCUUCUUGUCUCCUUCCCGAGUCUAUCUCUUGAGGUUACUUUUACUCGACGAGAUGUCGUGUUGUAGCAGGAGAAUCGAAGGAAGAAGAGAUCGAAG